AUGGCAACCUCCUCCUCCGUAAUGCAGCAGUCGCGCGUCCAGAACGGCUCGAAUCCGAGCACCGCGGCCCCGUCCCGGCUGCGCGUUGCCGUCACCCAAGCAGAGCCAGGAUGGCUAGACCUCCAGGAGUCAGUCGACAAGACGUGCUCGCUCAUCGCUGAAGCAGCCCAGCAAGGAGCCAAGAUAAUCGCGUUUCCCCGAGUGCUGGAUCCCCGGGUAUCCAGGAUGGGUCUGAUGGCGACGGCGUACAUCAAGAACUCGCUGCGCGUCGACUCCCCCGAGAUGGACCGCAUCCGUCAGGCCGCGGCGCAGCACGCAAUCGUCGCGGUGCUGAGCUUCUCGGAGCGCGCCGGCGACUCGCUGUACAUCUCGCAGGCCGUCGUCGACGGGGCGCAGCAGGGGCGCGUGCUGUCGGUCCAGCGCAAGAUCAAGUCGACGCACAUGGGGCGCACCGUCUUUGGUGAUGCCUCGGCCGAAACUCUGAGCGGCGUCGUCGACACCGCAGUCGCCCUUGUCUGCUGGGGGCACGUGCAGCCGCUGCUCAAGUACCACAUGUGCACCCAGCGCGAGCAGGUCCACGUCGCGGCCUGGCCGCCGCUGCAUCCGCACCAGGGGCCCGGGCUGUGGUCCAUGACCAGGGAUGGCGCCCGCGCCCUCUCUCGCACCUACGCGAUCGAGUCGCAGGCGUUUGUCCUGCACGCGACCUCCCUCAUGACCGAGAAGGGGAUCGGCCGCCUCAAGGCAGCUGGCGGCGCGCUGUUCUCCCAGCCGGGAGGCGGAUCAUCCGCCAUUUUUGGGCCCGAUGGCAGACAGCUUAGCAAGGACCUGGACGAGCAGAUAGAGGAGAUCAUAUACGCUGACAUCAAUCUUGACGACAUCCUCGGCGCCAAGAGCUUUGUGGAUGUUUGUGGACAUUACAGCCGGCCUGACCUGCUCUGGCUGGGCGUAGAUCCCGAGAUGAAACACUGUGCUCGCUCGACUGCAAGUGCCCAACAGGCCGCUAGGGAAGGUGGCCAGGUAGCCCUGGAUUUCGGUAUAUAAUAACAGCUUUUCGACGUCGUUCUCCGAGCGUGGGCAAACGCCGGUCAGAUCCAUACACAAUUGCGCUACUCCAUAAAAAUAUUAGCUUAAUGACGCGGCAACGCUGU